AAAGAGCAGUGCUGAAAGUUAAAUGACUUUAUGUAAAUAAAAGCCAAGAUGGUAGGUGGGGGUGGACAAACAUUAAAUCUCUCUCUCCUCAGCCGUGGUAUUGGCGAGGUUCAACAAAAUGGACACGAAAAAGUGGAAGUUGUCUUGGAACCAGAGGAUUACUUUAAUUUUGUGCGGGACAGAAAACGACUAUAUCUUCCACCAAUAAAAACCAAAUAUUUUGCUGCUGACCCUACAGAAACUGUGAGGACGUUAAAAAAACUUGAACUACCGAAGACAUUCACAACCAGACGAGGAGCUUUGCUGUUAUUUUCUGAAGAUUUUGCCAUACGCAAUGAAAGUUGUGCUAAUCAUCACAAGAGUAUUGUAUCUCACAGUUUAGACGAUGUGGGGUCUGUAGAUUUAAAAACUGUUGAUGAUUUAGCCAAGUCCAUUUUAUCAUACGGAAAGGAGGAAGCCGAGGAAGAUGCAGAUGUAUUUCUGGGAUUUGUACAUAAAAAACGAAAGUUUAACAAUCCACGUCAAAUACGACCAGGAUUCUCGGCUAAACGCUAUUUAUCAACUUGGACUCGCAUCUGGGAUGAUUCAUUGUUGGAAAAUGUAAUCAGUAAAGGUUAUAUCACUGAAAGGUCAUUAUUUUACGGAAGUAUGGUGGCCCCCUCUUUACGACGUAGAAUAUUUCAUGACGAUCUAUCCCACUAUCCUCAGCCGUAUCGAUUAAUGCGGAAUAUGUUGAUAUCUCCUGGAAGUCUGUCUGGAUAUACCUUUUAUAUGAAGGAUGUCGAUGAGUUGGAACAAGUUGAUGAAGAGGAGGAACUGGACUCACAACAACUUUCUCGUCAAAAAACACAGCCGUCCAUAGCUGUGGUGAAAACUAGAAAUGGAGUCCAACGUGAGGUGAAUUAUUCUCAUUUAGACAAACAGAGUCAGAAAGAUGUCCUCACAGAUCUACUGGUGAAAAGUGCUGUAAAUUAUGCGCUUCAAAAACAGCAGGAAUUUGUGGAAACAAUGAAGAAUGCCUCUCCAGAAAUAAAACCAUCUGAAAGACAAAUGGAAGCUUUUGAUAUGAAAGAAGCAGUUGAGUUACAUUUAGUCUCCAUGUAA